AUGAAGCUUCUUUGUCUUUCUGGGAAUCACAGUAAACCAUGCUUUGUCCUGCAGUUCAAAGGUGUAACUAUUAUGAUGGAUUGUGGCUUGGACAUUGCUCAAGUACAGAACUUUCUUCCUUUGCCUGCAGCUACAAAUUCUCACUUAGAAAACUUACCUUCUUGGAGCCCACCUUCAGGUCAGUCGACUCAGUUACAGAAAGAAGUGAGUGAAGAAUUGAAAGAAUGUGGUGGGCGUGUAUAUGUUGAUGGUGCUCUAGAAUUUUCACCUCCUGAGAUUCGGAUGGUAAAUAUGUCUCAGAUUGACAUCAUCCUAAUUUCCAGUUAUACAUGUAUGCUGGCUCUGCCUUAUCUCACAGAAUACACAGGAUUUAAAGGUAUUAUUUAUGCUACUGACCCAACUGUACAGAUUGGAAGGCAGUAUAUGGAAGAGUUGGUGACUUAUGUUGAACGUAGUCCCAAAUCAAAAGUUGCCUCAAAGUGGAAAACAGAAGAAAUAAUCAAAACUCUUCCUCCACCUGUGUGUGAUGCGGUGCGGCCCAUGACCUGGCAAAAAUGUUACACUCUGCAUGAUGUUAAUUCUUGCCUUUCUCGUGUGCAAAUUAUUGGAUUUAAUGAGAAAUUGGAAUUUUUUGGUGCUUUGACUGCAAUGGCAACCAGCUCUGGUGUUUGCCUUGGAAGCAGCAACUGGAUUAUUACUUCUGGUUUUGAAAAGAUUGUCUAUAUUGCUGGCUCUUCGACAUUAACCACACAUCCCAAGCCAAUGGAGACAAGCCCCUUAAAAGAAGCUGAUGUAUUAAUUUUGAGUUGUUUAUCUCAAAGACCUUUGGCAAAUCCAGAUUCAAUGAUUGGUGAAUUCUGCAUGAAAGCAGCUUCAACAAUUAGAAAUGGUGGCAAUGUACUUGUACCAUGUUAUCCAUCAGGAAUCACCUAUGAUCUCUUUGAAUGCAUGUCUAUUCACCUGGAUAAUUGUUUAUUACCUCAUGUGCCAAUGUACUUCCUUUCUCCAGUUUCUGACAGUGCCCUAGCUUAUGCUAACAUCUUUUCGGAAUGGUUAUCAACUGUCAAACAAAACAAAGUCUACCUGCCAGAACCACCAUUCCCACAUGCUGAGUUGUUAAAUUCAGGCCGACUGCAGAACUACAGCAACAUACACAGUGGACUUAGUAAUGGCUUUAAAACUCCAUGCAUUGUGUUUGCUGGGCACCCCUCAUUGCGAAUGGGGGAUGUUGUUCAUUUCCUGCAGCUCUGGGGUAAAUCUUCUGCAAAUGCCAUAAUGUUCACAGAACCUGAUUUUCCCUACUUGGAAGCAUUAGCGCCUUACCAGCCAUUAUCUUUGAGGAUUUGCUACUGCCCGAUCGACACAAGUCUCAGCUUCAGCCAGGCAAACAAAUUAAUCAAGGAUUUAAAGCCACGUCAUUUAGUUAUCGCUGAAGACUAUUUAAACCCUCCACUUAUGGCCCCUCACAGGGCUGAUUUGACCAUUGAUUGGGAUCUAAACCUUACUCGAACUAGAACCUACAAAAGAGGAAAGAUCCUGUCUUUGCCUGUUAAACGUCAAUUUGAACGAAUUGAAAUUCAUCCAAAGCUUGCAGGCACUUUAGAGCCUGUAGAAGUAAAACCUGGUUCGCUCAUCACAAUGGUGACUGGCUGUUUAACAGGCAAGGACAACAAAUUCGUCCUUGAGCCAAUUCCUGAUGACUUAACUUUGAAGCGUAAACUGAAGGCUGAAGGAGCAAUUCGUUCCUACAUUUGGGGCACACUUCAAAUUCGUACAUUUGUUGAUGCCUUAGCAGAGGAAGGAAUUACUGAUGUAAAAGUAGCAGAAUCUGGAGAUGGAUCCAUCAUACAUUUACCAAGUGAAGAUACAUUAAUACAAGUUGAGCCUGACUCUACACACAUCAUUUGUGAAGGAAAUGAAACCAUUCGUGUGAAACUGAGAGACACAUUACUCAAGUGUCUAUCUAAAUUUUACAAGAUAUAUACGAAGAGAUAUCUAUCUAUCUAUCUAUCUAUCUAUCUAUCUAUCUAUCUAUCUAUCUAUCUAGCAAGAAACUGA